AUGCGAAAGCGAAACAAAAAACCGUAGAGUGAAGGGGUUUAUGACUGGGAGCAGGUCCACGCAAAAAGAAAGAAAUCCUCACGUAUUCUCCAAUAAUUUUACCCAAAGUUGUAGCUGCAGCUGUUGUUGGCCGAGUUAACAUCGAGUGUUCCGGUGCUGGAGUAGCGACGUAUCGGCCCCGUACGGAAAAUGUAUACCUCUUUGCGCUGACCCAAGUCCGACCUAGUUCCGCUAGCGCCUCCAACAGUCCGAGGAACGAAAGAGGGACGGCCGAACAGACGGUGGUGGUAUACUAUAGUAGGAGGAAGGCCAAGGCAAAAAUAUGGGACUAUUUGCAAGCAGGCAGAAUGCGACCGUCGAGGAGACGGACGUAAGCCUGAACCACCUUUACAAAUAUCCGCCCCGUUCGGGGAACUACUUCGGGACGCAUUUCAUUAUGGGCGGAGAACGGUUCGAUACGCCACAACCGGAAGCGUAUCUGUUCGGGGAGAAUGCAGAUCUCAAUUUUCUCGGCUCUAAACCUACUCCAUUUCCAUACCCGCCGCCGCAAGCAACCGAACCAACGAAAACACUGAAAAGUUUGGUAAACAUUCGCAAGGAAUCGGUUCGGUUCGUGAAAGUGGCCGAGGGAAACAAUGCCAAACCGGUGGCAGCAAUCAAUAGCCCAACCAGUCCUGGAAGCGUAGAGCCCGGAAUCGGGAAGACAACCGCCCCGAGCGGUGCCAGUAACAUUGGUUACAAUAUUGAGUUUGUGUUCGAUGCCGAUUACGCCUGUCUUAUCACGAUUCACUACUUCUCCAUCGAGGACAUUGGACCGAAUGGGUUAAGCUAUCUGUCGCGUGAUUCCGCCAUCUCAUCGGAAACGUUCCGCUUUCAGCGUGGCGUCAAUCAGGUAUUUUCUGCACCACACCACAUCGUGUAUCCAGCGAUGUACGCGGAGGAUGAUCUGACGUACGGCCCGGACAAGGAUACGCUCCCGGUGGUGAUACAUUGUGUCGUUGGGGACGGCGGUGCAACCGCAGGAACAGGGGCAAAUGAUGAGAUGAGCGCUAGCCGGCAAUCGCACGCUACGAUUUGCGUGAUCGAUCAUCACUCCGAUGGCACGUAUGCGUUGCGAGCGCUGAAGCAAAAGAUCUUCGUCGAUGGGCUGUGCUAUCUGCUGCAAGAAAUUUACGGUAUCGAGAACAAGCUUACGAGCAAAUCCAUCACCGAUGAGGAGACGGAGGAUAAUGGAAGCGAGUGUGUCAUCUGCAUGUGUGAUACGCGCGAUACGCUCAUCCUUCCCUGCCGCCACUUGUGUCUGUGCAACUCGUGUGCCGACUCGUUACGGUAUCAGGCGAACAACUGUCCCAUCUGUCGGGCACCGUUCCGAGCGCUACUGCAGAUCCGGGCGGUACAGAAGGAUGUGACUGGAAAUGGCAUAACGUGUGGUAGCGGAGCAGGCGGCGGUGGUGGUACACCGGCGGCACAGAAUUCAACCGAUGGUACUGAUAACAUUCCGGCAGGAUACAAGACCAUAUCACUUAUCGAGGCCUUGAAUGGUCCGGUCGUGUCCGUUAAAGCGGUUACUGGCACAGAGAGCAGUGGCGCUGUGGCAGAAGCUGGCAGUGAUGGUAAUCGAGGCAACGAGAAUGGGUUUGGCUUCCGCAGUAAACUCUCGAAAUCCUCCACCGAUCAUAGCAGCAAUGGUGAGCUGGCCAACGGUAGUCUGGUUUCCGACAAAUCGUCCGGUGUAGCUACCGGUGACGUACGGGUGCAGUUGCUUGCAACAGACGGCGAAAGUGGAGUCUCAGUUAGCGUUGUUGGCGAUGGUGGCGCUAGUGCAACAUCGGCCGCCAGUGCAACUACUGCUGGUGGCAUCAUUAUUCCGGCCGUCUGCACCAAGAAGGAGCUUCUCUCGAAACAUUCACCACUGAUGCAGCGUGCACCGCUAAGCAAAGAUAAAAAUCCACGCGAAAAGGGUCACCGUAUUGCCAAUGCCAACAACAGCACCGCCAGUGGAGGAAACUCUGGCAAGACUGUUAAGUCACCGUCGGACAAACCGAUUGGUUUCCAUCUCGUACACGAGAAACCACCGAUGAAGCCGAUGUCGGAGCUGAACGAGAACGAUGAUGAUAGCGAUGUCGAUAAGGCGGCACCGUUGCUUCGCAAAUCUGGCAGCUACGAGGCCAAGAAACAUCCGGAUAGCAGUGCUAUGAAGAAGCUGUUGAUCGGUGGGGGCGGUGUUGGUGGUAUGAUCGGUUCGGAAAGUUCAAUUCAAGGGAUGGAUAAGACUUCUCCCACGGCCGUCAUAACGGAGCUGCUGAAGGGGGCAAUCCUUGGUGAUGUUGGUAGCGAGACUAACGGCUUGGGCGUAAUGGACCGCGAUGGCGUAAGAGGAGGCAGUGCAAUGAUAACGAUUGUAGCGGACGAUUCGGAAGAUUACUACACACCCGAAGAUCCGCCAGCGACUAGUCCACUCAAGGUGAUGGACGAUGAGCCCGCAUCGCGGGAGCUGUUG